AUGGGGUUGGAAGAGCAUCCUCCAACAGAAAGUCGUCUCAAGAGUUCUGAUGAUGGUAACAUCAAUUAACGAAAACCAUGUAUAAACUCGUAUUCAGUCGAAAGAGCAUUUUUACGUCUGGUGAUGGCAGAUGAUGACGAAAAACUUCAACGUUUCACAGAUGGUUACCUCCCAGAUUUAUUGCUCUUGGCUGGGCGACAAGCUACUCUUGUUUCACAGGUUAUUUGGAAGUUUGCAUUACCAAAAUUUAUCGUUUCAUUUUCAAGAUCACCGAGCUUCUCACCCACUACAAUAAAAGAGUGAAGACAAACGUCGCUAUUGCUUUUCCCGUCGAGGUUUUGAUUGGGCUUCUACUCAGUUCAAAUUCAGUCACAUCGGUUGGUACGAUCCAUUUUUUGGAGGACAAAAAUUCGCUCAAUCCAGAACCUGUCCUUGGUAUAUUUGAAAUAUGCACGUGAUCGGCUACCAGCCAACGUCCAAGUUUCCCUCAUCCCGCUUUUAAUCGAUGCGAUUAAUAAAAAAGCCGACGACAUUUCCAUUUCUUUCGAGUUUGCCAUUAAUCCUAAAACUUUCAUAAAACAUUUCCUAAUUUUUCAGCCUUUCCGCUCUCUGCAUGCCCGGACUUCGUCAGAUUUGCAAUAUGGAUCGCGAGAAAUGGCCACUUUUUGAACUAUCGUCGGCUGGUGUACAUGCCUUUACUAGGAUAUUUCGUUGCAUUUUAGCGUUUCAAGCAACUAAUGUGUACGUUUGUUCUCAGUACUUUUAUGAUCCAACGAGAUUUCUUUUCAGCAUAGAAAUUCAAGAAAAGGUUAAAGCUUUAGCCAGCACGGAGCAGCAGACUGCGGUUCAUUGUGCCGGGCUCAGCCCUCAAGAGUAUUUACUGGUUGCUUCCAAAUUUGUCGGCGAAACAUUGGCUCUAACAGAGGUUUUUUCGUCUAGUUUUCAACUUAAAAGAAUGUUUCUCAGCUCAAAGUCGCGAUAAUUUCUCUUCUAUCUCAUGGCUUUAUCGGGGAAAAAAUGGCCUUUCCGUUACUUGUACUUGCCUCGGCUGCAAAUGUCAACGCGUAAGAUUUUCAUCAAAAUUUUUGUUGGAGAAUUGAGCUCUUCAGGGUCGACGAUGCGGCCGAAUCGGCGCUCAAAAAAGUCGAUAUGUUUGUUGUAUCAUUUUUCAAUGGAACUAGUAUUUUUCAGCCAACUUUUGGUGGAUGAUGUAACGAUCGUUAAAGACCUAAUGUUCAUGUACCUGGGGUCGGCUGCCGACUCGAAAAAGCCAGACAACUUUAUGAGAAUGGUGAUUUUUCCUUAAAAUCAUAUUCGUGUUCAAGCUUACUGUACAAAAUAUUGUCUUUUUUCAUGUUUUUUGGGAGUAUAGUCUGUUCGAAAUAGUUUUCAUCAAGUGUUCAAGCAGCAUCAGUUAGUUCUAACCAGGGUUUCUUUUUAGAAGAAAUAGCAAUUUUAAGUAUUUUGCGCUCCUGAAGAACCGGCAGCAAUUUAAUAUGAACGUGAACAUGGAGCUAUCAAUUUUAGCUUACAAAGUUCUUUGAGGCAUAUUUUGAAUUUUUUCUCCAUAGUGAUGAGGCUCAAAUAAGUGUGGUUUUUAUGAACUAGGGUUCUUGGAUAAUAUAAGGAACUAUUUCAUUAAAUCACGAUUUUUUUUUGAGGGUUGAUCGUCCAUUUCAUAGAUUUGAGUGCCAUAUUCAACAUUUGUGGUACUUUGUGAUACAUAAACAUAACGGAUUCAGGCUCAACCGGGGAGCAUUGCGAUGAAACAGCGUAUUUUGCCAUUUCUCACACGCUCCAAGAUCGCUGCUACCACGUACAUGAACAACGUUAAAGUUUUAAAAUCGAGUUUCUUCCGGUCAUUAAACAUGUUUCCCAUUAAGAUUUGCCUCGAUGGAAUGUCGAGUGAAGUGACUCGAACUCAGAUAUCCGCGUUGACUUUCCUGCACGCUGUUAUCGAGAAAAUGCCACCGACUGCAUUGAAAACUCUCGGCCCAUCACUUUUUGCCCGCCUUCGGAAGCUUCUCGGACAAUCUACCAAGGUUAUCAUUGAUACUUUUUUUUUUUUUUGAGAAAGUUUGGGCUAAGGAAUGCCAGAAUUGAGUAUAGAAAAUAAGGCAAAAUUGAAAAGAUUCUCAAAAGCUUUUCUCAGAAAGUACAUUUUAAGGGUCCACAGCAGAUUUUUUUUUUUCAUCGAAUUUCAUUCUAUUUUAACAUUCUUUACCAAAAAUACGCUGGGAAGCAACUAAAAAGUUUCGAACGGUUUUAAAAAGGAUCCGCUGAGGCUAUGAAAAGGGAACUCAAAAGCUUUUUCACAUUUUUUUUUUUGGAACAUUGAGAGGAACCUUUUCAGCUCCCUCUCAAUAUACUUCGAGGAUCUUGUGUAGAUUUUUCACGAUAGAGAAAAAUUCGAAAAAUCAAAAAGAAACAUGAGAAAGUUAAAAAUCCUCGAAUGAGGAUUUCGAAUGAGGAUAAAUUUCAAAAUCAAUUCCUUCCAGUCAUCUGCGGCUUUGUGUUGGGUGUAUCGGUGCCUCAGCGUCCUAGGCAAAAUGCAUCCGGCGCUCGUUUUCGAAGAUGUCGAGAUUGUCGGAGAGAUGCUCCAAGAGAUACCUAAAGUAGAGGAUAAUAUACCUAUUUUACCACAAAAAUCCUUGGGCUUGAGGAAGAAGAAGACGUCGGGUACGCGAUAGUCGACUGUCUGGUUUCUUGGUUGCCGGCGUUUUGCCAAGCUGCCGCCCAACAGUCUGAAAAAACGUCUCUCAUCUUGAGAGAGUUUAUCGCUGCUCACGUAGCUCACGUUAGUUUGUACGAUUUGGGAGGAAAAAUUGAAGUUGAGAAUUUUUAGAAAAAUUGCGAAUUAUGUUUAUUUAUUUUUUUAUAUUAUUAUUAAUAUUUAUAUUAUUUAUUUACUUGUUACCCUGAACUGAAAGGAAUUUUCAGUCUUAAGACUCUUUUUUUUUUUGAUAAAUACUUUGAAAACUAGAAAAAAAAACUUAAAUUUAGGAAAAUGCGAAAUGUCGGCUUGUCGCUUUAAAAUACAUUGAAGCUUUGAUCAAUGAAAAUGAGAUGGAGCUCAAAUGGAUGUUGUUAAAAACGGCGGGAGACAAGUUAGUUUAGGGAAAAAAAUAGUAAGGUGGAAAGUUGCAAGUAAUAAAGAUUCAAUACCUCCUUCUCGAUCUCAUAUUAUCGUAUGGCGUGUUCAUUGGAGAAACGGAACAUGCUUAAAACGGAAAAUCGUGUUCAUCGGCGCGCCAAAGUUGCUCUGAAACAGUACUAAUUUUUGUUUUGGAGCAAUUUUCAUUUUGUCCGAUAAACACGCCAUUAAAAUUAUUUUUGCCAAAAAUAUGUUGACUUGAAGUCCAUCUGGUUUUGAUUUCUUCAAGAGAGCUAUGAGAGUAAAAAAAAGUUUUGGCAAAAAAAAAUUUCAAAAAACUAUUUUUCAACCACAGCCGUGACGAAAUGCGGCAAGAAGCGACGCGUUUGUUGGACUUGUCGCUUCAUCGUGCAGUCCCUGCGAUUCCACUUGUCGUCGUAGACCUCUGGACUCGUCUCGAGGUUAGAAAAGGGCAUUUUUUGUGUUGAAAGUGUAGAAUUCGUUUCUCAGAACGACAUUGAAGAUAAUGACGGACUGGAGAAGCUGUCUUCGAAGCAAGCCUAUAGCAACCUGAUCCACGAAGCGGUGUCGUUUUCUUUUUUUUUUUGAUCAUGCUCGAAAAUUCCAGUGUUCAAAGUAUGUUUGGGCGGUUGUGGAGACGUUGGCAACUGGCCGAGCAGCUGGAAUGCGGAUCGUCGAAGGGGAUGAUCACUGGGAGCAAGUGGCACCACUCAUCGUCAAGCAGGUCAGUACGAGUAGGAGCGAUCAUUGCAUUUCAAAACUAAUUUUAAAAAAAAUUGAAAAUAGAACUCAUUUUGACGUUAUACGUUUGUUCAAUAUGAAUACAAUAGAACCCUAUAGGGUUGUUUAAGAUGGCCGGUCGUAAUACGGCAGUUUGGAUAGGGUUUUCAAUAAUAAAAAGAAAUCUUGUGUACUUUUUGUGACGUCGCUUACCUUGUAACCUCGAGAAAUAGGUCCCUGACAAAGUGCAAAAAAGAAAGAAAAUUGAAAAAAUUUCCUGGCUCCGAAACUGACGGCGCAAUAUUGACGGGCCACCGGCUGCCGUAGUACUGUCUCAAACAUGCGUGUAGAUGGUGUUAAUUUUCAGCUGAAAUCUCUGAACGAUCCUAGAGUCACCGAGCUAGCCGUGAAAAUGGCGCUUUAUGCGGUUCGAGAUAGCAUAGGUCAGUUCAGAAAUUGAAAGGGAAUUGCAAAAAGUGGAGGUUUAAGGUUUGUCGAAGCUUUGCAGAGAGGUGCUUUAGGUGCUCCGGCUUAUAGAUCAGUUGGAACUGAAUUUACAACUUUUAGGACAUGGGGCGUUCAAAAAUUGCUCUUCCGUCCUUGAAGCAUGCCUCGCCUUUAGUGAGAGAAAUUUCGAAGCGCCAUAUGUCCACAACGAGACGAAUCAGCAUGAUCUAAAGUACUUCUCUGCGCUUUUUUUGUCCGACCUUUUGCACUAUUCUUGUUAGAAGUUUAAAAAAAUCGUAAAUUCAUCUUGGCAGACGUGCACCAGUUUCGAAUCGCCGCUUGUUUCGUGUCGGCCUUGGGCCCUUCAGUACCAAUCGCGACGAUUUUCCCGGUAGCCCUGACGACGUGCCUUCAACGCCUUCGUGCGAGUACACGAAUCGAUCUAUCGCUCACCAUCACCUUUCUGAGUUCUCUGAUGAUGGGUCGCAACACGAAAUUGCGCAGCGACACAUAUUUGUCGGCCACCAAUGAGCUUGAUACAAAGGUUUCUAUUGCUGGUCACCGUAAUUGCCUGAAGAUUAAUAAAAGAAGAUGAAGAAGCUGGGAAAAAAAAUCGAGUAGAGCCAAAAGGCGAGCUCGGUGACAAUAUAAUGUUACAAGCUUGGAAACUUUUGAUUUUGAAUAACGUUUGAAUUUUUGAAAGCCUAUAGGUUUUUCGUAGAAAAAUUCUCUAGCAAUCAACAUCCUAUGGUCCGUUUUCCGCGACUUGAAAGGAUAUGAUUUCUCUUCGCCCUUUUCAUCAAUCGGCAACGCUCUUUUGUUGAAGUGCUAUUUUCUUGUUCCUCUGAUCUCGCCAAUAAGGGAAGAGGGACAAUUGAAAACUGUCAUGUCGCAGCGGACGGACUAUGGAGGAUAAGAUGACAUGGUCCAUUUCAGCACACAAUCGCAGGACUGUGUUGGACGGCAGCAGCUACCGUCUGUUUUGUCCAAGACCCUUCGAGACCUCCGAUCAGUCAACCUGAACUGGGUACGAAGGUGGCAACGGCUUUCGUCGACCGCCUUAUUCGCUACAUCAGCGAUGGCUAUGAACGCCCUUGCUCGAUUCUCGAGGCGUCCCUCGGCGCCCUUGGCUUCAUCCUCAAGACUCACAGUUCGAGGACGAUGGUGUGUGUUUCAUUUUUGCUUAUUUCAAAGGUCUUUUGGGAUUUAGCGGUGAGGACGAUUUGUCAGAAGUUUUUCUGGAUACCAUUGAAACACCAGUGGCGUUGAAUUUAUUGACUCUGAAUCUUCAGAAAUAACGUCUUUAUCUUUUGAAUAACAAAAAAAAAAAAUGGAUACAACAAAAUAGCGUUUUAUACACGUUUUCAGAGGCUGGAGCUUUCGCCAGAGAAGCGAGAAAAAAUCCUCGAGUUCUGCGAGAAAAUCGCAACUUCCCGCAAAGACUCACUGUCACAGCGCGCGCGAGAAGCUUCGGCACGUGUCAUGGGCUGGAUCGUCGACGACAUCUCUGAUGAGGAAACGUUCGAAAAAGUUUGCGUUUCCAAAGAGCUAGCGCGAUUAAUGGAAAUUUUCACUUAAAGUCGCUUCGUCGUGUGUUUGCCAUCGGCGAGGGACCGCCACAGCCAGAGUUGCAACUCUCUGCAGGUAUGUCAUUUUUCUUCUAUUAGAGUUGGUUUUCCAAAGUGUGCGUCACAGUUGUGAGACAAUGAAAUAACUGAUUUUUCUCAGGUUUCCAAUUUGGAGUAUGUAUUCACCGGUUUUUAGCUUAUCCAAGUUUUCAAGUGCUCUAUAAAAAGUCUUCGAGUUUUCUCAAAAAAGUUUUUCAAGUUUGCUUCCUCAAUGCCUUAGAACACUAUGAAGUACAAGUUUCAAAAUUUUGAUGUUUUUCAGUUAUUUGAAAAGAAAACUAAGAUACAAAAAGGCAAAGUCGGAGAGAGUGAAAAAAAGCUUCAUAAAAUUGUUCCUUUUAGGGUGAAAAAGGCUCCUUUUUUGCUGCUCCUGUGCGCCAUUUUACCGGCUCUUAUACACCAUUUUUGCUGCCUCUCCCUUUUCCCACUAUUUCUUGAGCUUUUAAAAUCCGAGAAAAAAAGAAAGGCUCGAUAAAGAAACUCUUUUUGCUGCCUUUUUAUGCCCUAUUUUGAGCCUCUCCCUUUAGAGACUUUGCCCGAGAACAUUGCUCAACUAGCGAGCAGGCUUAGACCAAACACAAUUCUAUUGCCAAAAACAAUACCAAAGUCCAAAAAGUUCGUUUCAUUUAGGAGAAGGCUUGAUUGACGUUGCCCUCGGUCCCUAUUCCCCCUCCCGACGACAGCCGUACCUCGUUGCGGAUGACGAUGUAACGAUCUCCUCAAUUGGUGAUCCGGAAACGAUGAAUGUGGUCGAGAAGCGACUCGGCGCCAUUCUACUGACAUUGAUCGACGAGAAACUCACCUCCGCCAACCAUCAUCUACGUCGUGCAGCUCUCGUCUGGUUGCUUGUCGUUGUGCAGAAGAGCGCCAAACUCGGUCUCCGGGCUUUGCGAGAAGAUCGUCUCUUCCUUUCUCGUAUUCAAAACGCCUUUGCCGAUGGGCUUACCGAGAACGACGACUACACCCAGGACGUUGCUUCCAAGGUUAUUGAUCAAAGGCCUUUUCAUUGUUGCUGACUAGUUUGUACCAUAUCAAAAAUUAUUUCAUUUUUUUUUAAAUUUAACAAGUUCAAAUUUCCAGGGCUUGGGCGCUGUCUACGCCAUGGCAGAUGCCGAGCUACGCAAAGAAUUGGUCAACAGUCUGAUGGGCGCUUUGACCGAAGGACGCCGUACCGAGCGCAAAGUGGCCGCAGAUACCGUCGUUUUCGCAGGCGAAAAUCAGAUUGGAAAAUCACCAACAGGGUAUUUUUGCGUGAAACUUGCAGUACAUGAACAACUUGUCAUUGCAGCGAAAACUUGACAACCUACAAAGAACUUUGCUCACUGGCUACGGACCUCAACCAGCCAGACUUGGUCUACAAGUUCAUGCAACUGGCAAAGCACAACGCCACCUGGAACUCCAAAAAAGGAGCUGCUUUCGGCUUUGGCGCCGUCUUGGAACAGGCACGCGAAGAGCUCUCGCCGUACUUGGGCCAGCUUGUCCCCAAACUUUUCCGGUAAUUGGUCUCUUCUUCGAGUUUGAGAGUUGCUUUCUAGUUAUCGCUACGACCCGGAUAGCAAAGUUCAAAAGUCCAUGAGGUCCAUUUGGAGCGUUUUGACGCAGCAAAGACGCAACGUUGUGAGUUGAAUAAUUUUAGAUUCGACGACGAGCUCGAAAAAAGUUUAGAUUGAUGAGUUUGCUGACGAAAUUUGCCGAGAGCUCAUUCCAGCGUUGACGAACAAGGAGUGGCGCGUUCGAGAGUCGGCGUGAGUUGCAGUUCAAGUUUUACUGUAUAAUCAAUUUAUCUCCUCUCGAAAAACUGAGUCAGGUCUACUAUGUAUUAUGUAUACAGAAUCGUUAAAACUCGAAAACCUGAAAAAAACGAAUUUUUUUUGUUCAAAGUAUCUUCCGCGAAAUCCAUAAUUAUCUCUGACUUCCUGAAAUUUAGUUAUAUUUUUCACCCUCUGACGACUUUUUGGAGUUUCGUGGCAUUUUAAACACGGCAUCAGGAACAAUCACGCCAAUAACGAAUGAAAAAAAAAACCAUUGGUUUGACCAUUUCAGUUGUUUGGCGCUGUCGGACUUGCUUCGCGGCCACGACACCCCCUUCAUGCAUUCCAAAAUUCCCGACCUCCUUGAAACUGUUCUACGCGUCCGAGACGACAUCAAGGUGAAUCUAGCCUCAUCAGUAUUACAUGGAAAUACUUCUUAGGAAUCGGUACGGUUAGCAGCCGAUACGGCGGCAGAAUCGAUCAAACGGAUCAUCAGCAAGUUGGCCACCUCGUCAAACUCGAACGAUUUCCUCUCUAUCGUUUUGCCGUUGAUUAUCGGUCAAGCUGUCAAUGCCACAGUCAAAUCGAACAAGGCUUUUUGGUGAAUUUCGAGUAUUGUGUGUAACUUUCUUCAAAGUUUCCCUUUUAGCCUAUCGAUGCUGUUAGAGCUGUCAAAAACAGCGGGACGCCAGCUGACUCCCUACCUGGAUGCGCUUAUUCCGACUCUUCUGGAUGCCAUCAGUGAGAACGAGUCGUCUCUGCUGAACUACAUUGCCGCGCGCUCCGACUCCAACCAACUGGAGGCGCUGGACGACGCCCGCGGCCAUAUGGCCCGAACCUCGCCCAUGAUGACCGCCAUCCACGAUCUGUUGCCUCAUGUCGGUGCACAUUGCAAGCGUUUUUCUUGGAACGAAACAUUGGAAGAUAGAAUCAAAGUUGAAACUUUUUGAAUAAGCUUUUCUAUUGAACAUAGAUGUGCAAGUAAAGACCUCAUUCAGCCCGGGGUUGGCUCACAAAAAUUUUGAGAAAUUUGGGAAUAAAAUCAAGUUUCAACUUCUGGGAGGUAGUUUUGGCCAUAAUAAUACAAGUGUUUUAGCCUCAGAAAGGCAGUACUAACUUUAGUUUAGAAAAACUUAGGAGGAGGGGUCGGUGGCCUUUGAAAAUGGUUUGCCAAUGUAUGCUAUUAAUGAGAGAAAAAAAUCAAACACUAUUUCGAAACAUGAGCGAAAACACGCUCUUAAUGUUAGAACAACCCAUUUUAAAAAAUAAAAAAUAAAUUAACUAAAUAAAGUCCAAGAAUCACACUUUACAACUUCAAAGCUUGUGCUUCAGAUCAACGACGAUGUCUUGACCAAGAUGGCCCCCCGAGUAUGCGACCAAUUGCGAACGUCUGUCGGCGUCUCGACACGCUCUGCUGCCGCCCAACUAAUCACCCAGCUCGUCCUUCGGGCUCCCCAACUCUUGAUGUCACAUAAAGCACAGUGCGGUCAGUAGCUCAAUGUGAUCUGUGGGAUGUGGGUCACAGAAACUUUUUUAUUUCCAAAAAAAAAACGCACUUACACACACGCUUUUGAAAGAAGUUCGAGCUCUUGACUAAUGCAAUUGGACGUAGAAACUAUGUCGGGGAUAAAAUUCUUUCUUUCCACACAGAUUUGCUCUUGCGGAAGAAUCGAAGGCUUUUCAGUUUGAUACGAAGUGCAAAAAAUCAUAUACGCCCAAUAUUUAUAGAGUUGUGCUAAUUGCAAUUUUCAUCGAAAAAUAUGUGAAAAUUAUUUUCUGCAAAGUUAACUAAGCGUAUAGAAAAGAUCUCUCUCAUGAAGCAAAAAUUUAACUUUUUUUUUAUUUUAUGCUUUUUGACUGCUCAUUAGUGUUAUUUUUUGUUUCAGACAAGUUUUUCCAUGCACUGGUUCCCGGUGUCCGCGACCGAAAUCCCUCAAUCAGAAAGCAGUUUGCCAACACUUUGUCUUACUUGGCAAAAUAUGUCUCACACCAACAAAUGAGCGCCAUGAUGGAGAAGAUCACCAAGGACCUUUUGGGCGAUGAUGGUUCGGCUUUCAUUUUUUGCUAUUUUUAAAAUCAUCGCCCUCUCAAAAUGUCAAAAUGUGGUUUCACAGAAGAUCUCAAACAAUCAGCGAAGCAUCUUCUCAAGAAUCUGGCCGCCAAUUGCUCGGAGCUCCUCGGCGGCUACUCCACUCAAAUUGUUCCCUACGUUUUUCUAGAAACUUGUCAAGAAGGCCUGCGAUUUUCUUUUUCAAUCAAAAAUUCGCAUGUUUUUUUUUCAGUUGUGAAAGGUGACGAUGAAUCGAAAAGAAGACGGGAUGAUUGGGCUGAACUUUGGUCUGAACUUGUGCCAAGUAGGUUUCUUAAAAGAAAACUUUUGGAAGUCUGAAAAUGUCUGAAAAUGACGAAUUUUUUAGGUACUUCUGCUGCUGCGCGACUUUACCAGAAGGAAAUUGUAUCAACGGGACUCGAUGUGGUUAAAAAUAAUGAGGUUUGUACUGUUUAGGGAAAAAGUUAUUUAUAGUCAAUCCUUCCCGAAUUAAAAGGCGAGAUUAGUAGAUUGGCUAGGGUGACGCGUUGCGUACGCGAAGCGAUUUUCAGCGAGUAACCUUUUUUAUUUGUUUUUCUUCUUUUUACAGUUUCCAACGACAUAAUUUGUUUUUACCUUUUUUUUUUCCAUUGCGUUUUCUCAAGCUUCCCGCAAAAAUCCCCGUCGCGUACGCAACCCAAUUAUUUCUAGGCUGUCGAGAUCCAUUUUUUCAUAUCAUGCGUAUUCAUUUUAAGCAAGGAAAAAAACAAAAGUUUUCAAAUUAAAUCGUAUUUCCUGGUCGCUGCUUUCUAUUCAAAAUGAAAAUCAUGGCUCUUCUUGUAGUAAAGUCGAACAAAUUUAAGGUUUGGUCGGUUCGAGCGCAAGCAGCACGAAUGAUUAGUCAAGUGGCAGAAGCCCUAGGCGAUAAUCUUGAUAUCAAAAUGGCAGGUAUCUUACAAGAAAAAAGAUUAGACGUUCAGCCAAUUGAUCUGACCUUAAGAUGAGAUUUUCGAUACUCUUUUGCCGACGCUCUCCGGGCGAAUUUGGACUGGCAAAAAUGAACUUCUGAAUGCGUUUAGUGCGACCAUUUCUGCCGUUGGAGAGGAAUAUAAAAAGUCUAUGAGCGAAUCGAGAAGAAAAGAGGUAAAUUUCUCUUCUAUUACUCUUUCGACUUUGAAUAAAAAUUGGGUGUUCAGAUAUCGCAAGUUUUACAACGAGAAGCGUCAAAACGUAACGUUGACUACGCAUCAGCCGGCCUCCGAUCCGUCGCCACGUAUGCUGCUUCUGUUGGUGACGUCGACGCUGCCAGAUGGCUUGCACAACAAGUUCAAGCUAACGUCGAUAAGGCUACUCGCUCCAGGUUCUUUGAAUGACGACUUUUUUGUUUUUGGGCUAAGAUGUGGGAAUGUAGGAUAAUGACCGUUAAGAGGGAGAGGUCUAAAGAAAGGUUGUAGAAAGGCAGCGAAAAUAGUUCUUUUAUGGAGCCUUACAUAUUUUCUAAAACUUUAAAUGCUCAAAAAAUGGUGGAAAACAGAAGGGGCAGCAAAAAUGGUGCAUAAGAGCCGUUGAAAUGACGCAAAAAGGCAGCAAAAAGGAUCCUUUUUCACCCUAUAGCUGAUUCACGACUGGCUUGGGCCAUCGAAAAAAGGGUCCUGACACGAUAAUGCACGAGAUAGUGCCUGGCUCGCGGAGAGCGCAGACAGGACACGCCCAUUUAGCGUCCCAAGCUGGCCUUGAAUCAGCUAUAAAAUCGAAAUUUCUAUGAAGUCUUUUUCGACGUUUCUUGACUUCGCCUAUGAUUAUUUUUCAGUCAAGAAAAUGUCCAAGGCUCCGACUCAGACGACGCCAUGUCAGGUCUGAGCAAUUUGGAAAAGGAAAUCCGAGUCUCGCAAAUCGUCUCGUCCAACAUUGUCGCCUUGGCUACUUCCAUUCGUGCUUUUGAUGAUGGUUGUUGGCUUGUUUUCCGAACAUUCAAUCUUACUUGAUUUUCAGGUGGUGAUGCCAGAGAAUCGAUGGAGAAACUGCGCAAUUUCCUACUCAACACGAGUGUCACCUGGAAAUCCAAGCAAACCAUGUUGGCCGAGCUGUUGAAAACUGUCGAAAGGUUUAUCGCAGAAUUUGUUAUUCCUUUUCACGUUUAACACGCUGUCUCUGUAACUCUCAAAAAAAUGGGUACAGAAAAUGUUCGUUUUUUGAUUUUGUUUAAACUUCAUUCAGCGGGAUAACCCAUCAUUAGAAUUUCGGACGAAUUUUUUUUGAGCAAUUUUUUCUUUUUUUCAUCUAAUUAUUGAAGAGUUUUUACUAGGCAAGUGAUACAUCGAUCAAUAGGUAAUCCAAUUUUAGGAACUUUUACAGUACCUACCAACUUGGAUUACUAUGACAGUUUUCGAUUUGAAUAAAAAAAGUAAACUUUUGAUUACCUUCAAGGUGGGAGCCCCGGCCGACAUUCGAUGCCACCGACCUAGUGUCAACUCUCUCUUCAUUUGCUGACGAAAUGAUCAAUCAACAAAAAAGGACGGUCGCUGCUGAGGCACUACAGGUGAAUUUUCAGAAAUCAUCAAUGAAAUAUUGGUCUUUUCGUAUUUUUCUGCUUACAAUGAGCUACAAGGAGACUCGGUUCUCACCAACUCGAUUGUCUAUUGAAAACAUUCUCUUGAUAGUUUCUUAUGAUAUAAAAACCGGGAAUAGAAGUCGUUUUGUCAUUUAGUGCCGGGCCAGUGCAAACUUUCAAACCUACAGUACGUCAGAAAAUAUAGGAAAAAAAGUUUGCUCACGGCUUCCUUGUAUGAAGUCUUUCUGAAACUCUCCAAAGUUUUCUGCGGAAACCCCACCAGAAGAGUAGCCAUCACCACUCCAGAAGGUUUCAGAAAUAUUAAACUCUAUACAAGAAUUUUGUGCUCAAAAAGCGUUCUUCAUACAUUUUCUGACGGUACUGUAGCAAGUGCAAAAUGGGAAAAACUGUAUGGAUUUGGCCUUGGACCAAGGAGGAUUUCAGCACAUUCGUAAUGAUUAUAAAAUAAUGCAGCUUUUUUUCCUGGAAGAAUUGUAGUAAAAAAAAACGUCAAAAGAAGUUGCCCCCAACCAACUCAUAACUUUCUUGGAUAAAUGCAAUUUCGUGAAUCAGGUCGUGAUGAAGCUGAUAGAUCGUCCAAGCUGGUUUGCCAUCGACCGCGAAACUGUCGGCGAGCUUCUGACGACCAGCCGUGCUGCCCUGGAGACUGGCUACGCCGCUCGUUUCUCACAACUUCCUGAUUUCAACUCGCCUAUGGAAGUUGAUUAG